AUGAAUAAAUUAAAAAAAUCUAUAAAUGGAGAAAAUGAAAACCAAUUACCACCUAUUCCAAUAUUUAGAGGUAUCAACUUUUAUAUAAUGGGGCUUGGUUUUAGUGAAACUACACAGUUGAAGGCAUUGAUCAAAUCAUAUGGUGGUGAUGUUGCAUUUCAAAUUAAUAAAAAUGUAAAAUAUUUAUUAAUUAGCAAAGAAGAGUUAGAAAAGAAUAUGAACUCAACAAAAAUUCAAAGUGCAAUUAAAAUACCAACUAUCGAAAUCUUAUCAAUAGAAUUCAUUUCUCAUUGUAUUGAAAAGAGAUAUCUACCAUUAGAAUCAGUUAAGGAAUUUGUAAUUUAUGAUAGAGAAAAAAAUAAUAAUAGUAAUAACAAUAACAAUAAUGAUAAUAACGAUGAUAAUAAUAAUAAUGCAAAUGAGGAUUCAAUAGAAAAUAUUAUUAAAAUAUUAAAAAAAGAUUUAAAUUUAAAUAAUCAAACAAACAAUACCUCAUCCAAUAAUAAUAAUAAUAAUAAUAAUUCAACAACUAAUAAUUAUUUAAAUAGUUUAGAAAAUAUUAAACUAAAAAAAUUAAAUAUAAAAUUAUUUAUAUCAUCAACUUUUUUAGAUAUGGAAGGAGAGAGGGAGAAUAUUGUAAAAUAUUUAAUACCAGAAAUUAGAAAUUAUUGUAAUGAUAGAAAUAUUGAAUUUAGCUUUGUAGAUUUAAGAUGGGGUCUAGUUGAAAAUAAGGAUUUAAUAAAAAAAUCAACCAUUUCAACAUGUCUUCAAGAGGUAUCAACAAGUAAUUAUUUCAUUUCAUUAGUUGGUAACAGAUAUGGUUGGUCAAGUGGUGAAGAAUAUUCUGAGUCAUUCAAUUUAGCUUCAAUUUACUAUCCAUGGAUUAAAGAAAAAGAGGGCAAGAGUAUUACAGAAUUAGAAAUAUUACAAGCUUUAAAAAAUAAAGAUUUAAAAUCAUUACAUUUUUAUUUUAAAGAUCAACAACAACAACAACAAUCAUCAACUAAUACAACUAAUGAUCAACCAAAAUUAAUAGAAUCAAUUAAAAUUGAAGAGAACCCAGAAAAACUAAAUCAAUUAAAAUCAUAUUUAAAAUCAAAUUAUAAUGAUAAAAUCAAAAAUUAUAAUCAAAUCAAUUCAUUGAUAUCAUCAAUUUUUAAAGAUUUAAUAAAAUCAAUUGAUUCAGAUUUAAAUAACUAUCAACAAUCACAAUUACAAAUUCCACUUUUUAAAAAUAUUAAUAGUAAUAGUAACUCUUUAAAUCUCUUUGAUUUUGAAAAGAAUCAAUCAUAUUUAAAAUCAUUAUUAAAAAUAAAAUAUAUUGAAAAUAGUUCAUUUUAUAAACUCAAUAGUUUUAUCAUUAGUAACAGUGACGCCGAUGAGUCCAAGCCAUUUAUUAUUACUUCAGCUGUCGGUUUCGGUAAAUCAACCUACAUUUCAAAUUGGUUAUCAAGUUUAUCAAGUUCUACUCUAGUUAGCAGCCGUAAUACUCUAGUUGUCAAUUUCUUUAUUGGUUUGACCAUAAACAGUAAAAAUAGAAUCGAGUUACUACGUCAAUUAUUUAGCAUCAUUAAAGACUAUUACAGGAUCCCAAUACCACUUUCUGAAAAUCCAGAGGAUUUCAAAGAGGAAGUUAAUUAUUGGUUUGAUAUGGCAACAAAGGAUGGAAGAAAAUUAAUUAUAAUUUUCGAUUCAAUUGAUUGUAUCGAAAAGCAAGAUGAAAAAGAAAAAAUCACCGAUAUCAUUAGUCAAAUUUUACCAUCAAAGUACCCUCAAAAUGUUAAAAUUGUACUCUCUUGUUAUUUAGAUAAUUAUACAGAAAUUUCAGAAUACUUUAAUAUUUCAAUUGAAAAGAAUGAAAACUUAAUUCAACCAUUAGCUGGCUUUGCAGGCGAACAAGAGAUUUUGUUAUUUGCCGAAACUUAUUUACGUCAAUAUAGCAAAGAGUUGGAUUUGGUACAAACUGAGAUUUUAAAGAAGUUUUCAAAGAGUUGCAAAAAUCCAUUCUUUUUAUCCAAUGUAUUAGGAGAGUUGGUUACAAUUGGUGAUUAUAAAACCCUUAAUGAAAAGUUAAUUAUGCUUUUAUCAACACAAGCUCCACUACAAUUUUAUCUUUAUUUGAUGGGUAAGUGGGAAACUGAUUCAAACUAUCCAGAAUCUUUAGCAGCAAAUAUUGUAAAGUUAAUUUAUCUUUCUGGUAAUGGUUUGUAUGAACAAGAGAUCUUAUCUAUUUUAGGUUUAAAAUCAAGUCAUGGGUUCUUUUCACAAAUUAAACAUAUUUUUACUAUGGGCUCUACAGAUAACUACUAUUCAAUUUUAUCACCAUUUUUAAAGAUUGCAAUUCAUCUCAAAUACUUUAACCAACCUUCCCUUCAGGCCGAUGAGCUAAAGUCCAAGCUUGUAAACUAUUUCAAUAAAACUGAUGAACAAGUAGAAAAAGAAUUGCAAGAUCUUUCUAUCAAGGACAAUUGGUUAUACAAAAAGAUAUUCUUAAAAAGAAAAAUUGAAUAUUUACCAAGAAUUUUAAUGGAAAUGAAAGAUAAAUCAAAGUUAAAAGAAUUUUUAUUGGAUUUUAAAAAUUUAAACCUUUUAUCAAAAUCAGAAUUGGGCAAAAUUAACAUUGUCAAUUAUUGGAGUUUCAUUGAAACCAAUGAUAAGAAAUCAAUAGUCGACCUCUACAACCACAGGUAUGUACAGUAUUGUAAUAUGCACCCACCUAUGGAAGAAUUAGCAUUGACCACCUAUAAUAUUGGUUUAUUGUUUGAGCAACUCUCAAUGUACGAAGAAGCAUAUACUCUUAUCGAAAAAUCACAAGAAUAUCAUAUUCAACUCUAUGGUGACUCUCACAGAAUGGUAGCAAAUGAUCUAAAGAGAUUGGUAUUGAUCAAUAUUAAAACCAGUAAAUAUGAAAGAUCCGAAUAUCAAGCAGAAAAGUUACUCUUCAUCUCUGAACAACUUUAUGGCAAAGAAAAUAUUGGUAGUGUAGAAUCCUUGCAACUAAAUGGUUUAAUUCAAAAGAAGAAGACUCAAUAUUUAAAAUCAUUAAAUUAUUAUUUAGCCUCCUUAAAAAUCAUCGUCAAUUAUUUAAAUUUAAAUGUAUCAAAUUAUAAACUAUUGGUUUUAUUAUUUAAUUUAAAUUUUGAUAAUGAUUUUGAAGUCAAUAUUAAUAGUUUAAAUAAUGAAUUAUCAAGUGAUUCAUCAGUAGUCAAUUCCAACAACGAUAAUCAAUCAGGUUUAUAUUUCAAUAUCAAAUUUGGUGAAUUGUUUUUAAAUAUUGGUGAUGUAUUUAGAAAACUAGGCAAGUUUGAUAUAUCUAUUCAAUUCUAUAGCAAGACCUUAAAGAUCUUUAAUAACCUUAGAAAACCAAAUCAUCCAUGUUUCUCUGAAUUAUACAAGAAUUUAGGUUUGGUUUAUAAAAAGAAUGGCGAUUACGAGAAAGCAGUUGAAAACUAUCAAAAAUCUUUAGAAAUCAUUAGAUCAAACUAUGGUGAACAACAUGUAGAGUAUGGAUUGGUUUUAUGUGAUUUAGCGGAUACCAAAAGAAAAGAAGAAAAGUAUCAAGAAGCUCAAGAUUUAUAUUAUCAAUCAUUAGAAAUCUUAAAUAAGAAAUUAAACAAAGACUCCAGUAUUGAAAUCGCAGAAAUUUAUAACGAUUUAGGUUUAAUUAAGAAAAAGCAAAGUAAUUAUAAAGAAGCAGUUGAACUAUAUCAAAAAUCAAUCGUAAUAGCUCAAAGAUCACUUGGAAAAUCUCACUUGAAGAUUUCAUUUUUCAAUUUAAAUUUAGCAGAUUGUUAUAGAAAAAUUGGUGAUUAUAAAGUUGCAGAGCAAUAUUACACCAAAUGUUUAUCCAUCACUCAAGAGAAUUUAGGUUAUGAUCACAUUGAAGUUGCUGAAAUUUUAAAUAGCAUUGGUUUAAUUUAUAAAAAGCAAGGAAAGUAUCAACAAGCAGAAAGAGAAUAUAAACGUGCAAUUAUAAUCAUAAAUAAAUCAUUAGGCAAUGAUCAUUAUAAAAAUGGUAUCUAUAUGAAUAAUUUAGCAGAUAUUUAUAGAAAAGUUAAUAACGUUGAAUUAGCAAACACAUAUUAUAAUAAAUCAUUAAAAAUUAUUGAAAAAUCAUUAGGUAAAGAGCAUUCAGAAUAUGCAGAAGUUAUUUAUUGUAUGGGUUUAUUACAAUUAUCAUUAGAAAACUAUAACAAAUCAAUCGAAUUAAUUAAUCAAGCUAUUGAAAUUAUUAUAAACCACUUUAAUUCAUCGCAUGUUAAAGUUGGAAUUUUCAAAAAUUCAUUAGCCGAAGCAAUGAUUGCAAAAGCCAAAGCAUUACCAGAUCCACGUCAAUUCUCCAACAAUCUUGAAGAAAUGGAAACUGUUCGUCAACUAUUUGAAUCAAGCCAAACUAUUUUAACUACAGAGUUUGGUACCCAUAUUCACCCAGAAAUUGCAGAUCUUUUAGUUACUAAAGCAGAAUUCGAAUUUCAAUUUGGCAGUCAUUCAAAAUCUUUAGAUUACUUUAAAGAAGCAUUAGAAAUAGUUUCCAAAGUUUAUGAUGAAAAUCAUUUUAAAUAUCAACAAAUUUAUGAUAGAAUUAGAUAUUUUUAAAAAAGAUAAAAAGGAUAAAAUAAAAAAAUAAAUAAAAUUUGUAUUUUUAAAAAGU